AUGCCGAGCCACGAGAUUUGGCCUAAGUUCGGUGGUGUCCCACCGGACUAUGAGAUACUUAAGGCUCGCACCAAGGGAUGUGUUCUCGACAACGUAGGGAUCAGUCCCCUUCCUCUUGGGUCGAAUAUGUACACCGGUGCCGGUAUCCCUCGGGGUUCCUUAAUUCUUUCGCCGGCCCACUUAGAGCAUGUUAGGUUUCCGCUCCAUCCUUUCUUCAAUAUGCUCCUGUUCUUCUUGGAUCUUCAUCCCAUGCAAUUGAACCUGAAUUCUUACCUUCUCAUAUCUGGGUUUCUGGCCAUUGGCUUGAAGUGGGGACUUCCUUCGGACAAAAGAUAUUUCAUUCCUGAGGAUCGAAGAGCUUGGUUGGAGGAGAACUUGGCCGGUUAG